GUCAGCUUCAUCGCAGGCUUGUCCAAAGUCAAUUUCUUCGUCUACCAGCAUAACUACAGGAUCAUCAGGUGCCGGACCGAAUCCAAACGUGCGAUUACCCCAACUAGCAGUGGACAUGCAAAGAGGGAUAGUGAUAGACGAGGUCGCUCUAGAUGAAGCAGGUAAUGCGGGAGCUGUAGUCCGGACAGCUGGCAUGGUCAUGCCUUUUGAGGACCCUAAACCUCUUAAAUUUGUUGAGGGGAAAAGUUUGAUGAAAGAACAAGGACUAGAGGGCGUUUUUGCGGAUCAACAAGGUCCUACUGCUGGAAUCGAGAGACUGCAGCAAAGUUUGAUCCGUAAUACCAGGACUACGUGGGUCCCUAAAAGUCCCAACAAAAGAUUCCUUUACUGUGCCAAUCGCGACGUCGUUCUGGUCUCACCUGGAAUUAUAGGCGGUUUCGCUGGUGUCUUUCCUCUGCAGGGGCCGCAGAAAAUAGCGGUAACCCCACCGAUAACGGGUUAUAACGGGGGAAAUUUGAUCGCGUGGAGGCAAAGAAGCAAGGCAUCCGCUGGCAGAGAGCCAAGCUUGACCAGAAAUACAACGAGGACCUCUUCCUCUACUAGGGUCACAGGUUCUGGAUCACAGUCUAGUACGCUUUCUGGAGGGGCAAGAAGAAGCAGUAGUGUGACUAAAGGAACAUCAGUAUCCACCUCUCCUCUGGGUAGAAGUUCUACCCCAUUCAUCAAGCCCGCUGGAGGACAGCCUCAAGUUCAUACUAUCAGCUUGUAUGAGGAGGAUGAAGAAAUGGAGGGAGAAGCUACAAGAACUGGCAUUGGAAGUACUGCAGGAGCACCAGAACGCUACAACAUUAUGCCCACAACUGGUAUUGGAAGUACUGCAGGAGCACCAGAACGCUACAACAUUAUGUCCACCUCCCCUUCGUCGGGUUCACCUGCAGAUGGUGACUAUGACGAGGCGCAUCAACCUACAACCCCUUCUGGCGGUGCAUUCACAGACGAUUUAAUUCCCGAUAGCACAGCUAGUGGCCGCCUACGAGCUAGAAUGUAUCAGGGACGCGGUCGAGCGAGGUCAGUGCCAUCAAAAAGGCUCAAUAAUUAUGGAUGUUGCUUUUUGCAUCUAUGAGACUAUCUUCUAGGCUGCGCCUUUUGGGUCCCCUGAAACAAGUCAGUGUACUAUUUAAGUUAAACGGGCGGACGAGCCUCUUUAUAAGUAAGUUAAAUAAAGGGCGGAGCUUCUACAAGUUAUUGUCUGCCCUUAGAAGGGAGAAAAAACAAGAUUCAUAAUGAUCCAGCCAUGGCCAGUUCGGAUAAGUUUCGGGCACAAAUGAAGAUCAAACAAGAAGCGCCGAUGCUUCAGUGUCGACGUCAAGUGGAAAGGAACUACUGUGCUGGCAGAUUUAGAUGCGGCUUGGAGCGGGUGGAUCCAGUUCUUGCCACGGAUGCAGAUAAUGCGUUCUUUAUGGCUUCAGAGCUAUUUCUUUGUCAGAAUACGACUCUUCAUCUUUGAUUUACGGGCACUACUAACAGUGUCAUCAGGGCGGAUUAACACAUAGAUACAUCUUUGAGAUUACACUCAGUUUCUUGAUAUUCUAAGGUCUACACGCGUAGCUAGUUUACUUUGCGUCAAUUUUUUUUUUCUUCUAAUCUCCUAGGUGGUUCAGGUGCGAACGAGGAUGAUCCCUCCAAUCAAUUGGGCUGGGACUCGAAGGAGAGGAGCUAUGUUCGGGUCCCGAGAGCCCACGAUGGCUCUUUUCAGGCGACAUUUGACAUCGUGAUACCGGAAUACAAAAAGAUACCCUCUUCUGGGGGGUCAGAGUUAUGGCUCACGACAGUAGAGGCUGAUGAUAUUGACACAUGAAAUUGUAGUUGAUGUUCACGAGCAGUUUUAUGCCGUCGUUGAACCUAUCACACCUUGCUGGCAGUAUAAGGGAACUGUCUGAGACGCCGUGCUCUAACACCGCAUGGAACAGCGGAAGACGACGGAAGCAAUGUGUUGCAACAAGUAGAAUUUGCAUCUAUUAAGGCUUCCCCUAGCGGCCCAUCUUCAGACAGUACAUCUUGGGGCAACUGUUCAAAAUAACAGGGGAAAAAUGACUUUCAAAGUGGCGACUUUCAAAGUGGGAGAUUAGCAUUAGGGGGAGCUCUAAAGCUAGUGCGCGAUUACAGGUUGGGAAGUUUUUGGCUCUAGAAAUACAGCCGCAGCCGGAGAACUCGUGGACGCCACAAGCACCAGAUGCCAAGACUAAAUUAAGGCUCAGCUUUCAAUGGUCAUUGGGGUUGGUCACUGGCGACCCCUUGAGAGAACAGGGGAAAAGGAAGGGAAAGGGGAGAGCUUUGAAGGGAGUCUCUUCCGUUCAGCAUCAGUGACCAUUGAGUGCUGAGCUUUAACUAAAGCUGCGUUGGCGGCAUCGAAAGAACAGGGCGCAAUUCAUGUUAAGGGAGCGAACCUAGUUUUGCUGAAGACGACUAGAAUUUGGCUUCUAAGUGAUUUGUACAGAUUAAGAUUUGAUGUUUCUGUAUGUUGAGAUUGACAUAUUACGUUGUCCUUGUGUCCAGGAUGAUCCUCUUCAGAUCGCGCUUUGGCGGUGUCCAGUCUCAGGUUGGUGCCACGCUCCCUGACUGUGUCGAGAGAAGUUGCAUAGUAAGUCAUGAAAGCGACGUGAGUCAAAAAGAUUUACUAACCAAACAACGGUUUAUAAGUAUAAAAUAUUUCUACUAAGAGGACGCGUAACCCCGUGGGGAUGUUGUUAGAGCGCAGGAAAAAGCGGCUACAGCGUGUGCGCACGAGCAAGAUGCAUGCCCGUUUGGAUGACAUUCGGAUCGCAGUCAUAGCCUCUACAACGCCGCAACGGAUCUCCAGUCAGCUCUUAACGACAAGUCAGGACCUUAGAGAGGUCUUACCGGAUGGAGCUUUGCAGGAAAUGUAUCAGUUAAGGCUGGACGCAGUGAUUGUAACCAUGGUCAUAUCCAGAGCGCUUACUUAACCACCUGAGUAGUUAGCAUAAUUCACGGAUUGAAAUUUAAGCUGAAGAGCAAAAGCGAACAAUUGUAGUGAAGCCCCGAGGACUGAAGACCGGAGGACAUACUGGCUUUUACAUUAGAGAGCGACACAAGAACUUGACCUGCGCAGGAGUACGUAGUUCCCUCUAUUUCCUCAUUCGUUCCCAGGAAUAGAAAAAAUUUCUCUAACUCCCCACUCCGAGCAAGUGUUAUCAGCGCCACGAGCCAGAAAUUCCCUGAGGCCAGAGAUUCAAACUCUGAUGGACUCCGACUCGUCCUUCCGAUCAGCGAAACCGCGUAGUUGGCUGAAGUGUGAGUCUCCGGUCGAGGCAGAGAUAGGCGGGAAGAUUUUGAUUAUGGAAGGUUGAGGUAUGUGUUAUUUGAUUCUCAUUCAUAGGAGGUCAUGUACUUAUAUAAUUGCCCUUCUUGCUUGUCUAGAAUUAUGGGAAGAAGAUCGAUGACGAACCACCUCUGUACAGAGAAUUUGAGGUCAAUCUAUCUACAGAAGCACUCGUCCUCUAACCUAACUACGAUGAUGUUCCGCAAAGAGUUUAAAGCGAGAUUGAAAGCCGACACUGAAUUGAGCUGCUACAAGAUCAUAGAUAGGCGAGUCUUCCCCACGUGGGAGUCGUACAGUGACGUAGCACCAAUUGCGACCGGGAAAGGGAUACCAAAGAGAAAUAAUGUCGGUGGCGGGAAAGACCAGUUGUCGGGAGACGGUCAAGACGGCUUAGGUAGGACGUCAUCCGAGCGUAGAGGAAGUGGUCGAGGAUCAAAGGAAAGUAGUGCUUCUACUUCAGCCGGUGAAUCUUCUGGAAAAACUUCGAGUCGCGGAUUGUCAAAAGCCAGUAGUACAGCAUCUUCUAGCACAUCCUCUGUAGGUGCUGAGUUGCCUGGUGUUGCCAGUUCUAUGGCAACAGCAAUGAGUGAAGAUGCUCCUUCCACAGAAGCAGCAAGUGGUCCCUCAUUGUUUUCCGCCUUUAGCAGAAGCAUCACGAAAAGGGACAGAACAGGGAGUAAAAGCACUUCUUCUUUGCCGACAAUCACGGUAGAACAGCUGAAUGAUGUGGAUUCAGCUGGAGGUGGGAAAAAGUCUUCACGCAUAGAACCAGGAGUGCCAUCAACAGGUUCGACGCAGCAGCAAGAACUACGUUCUUUGUCCAAAUCCGCGAGUACUCCCGCAAUCAAAGAUGGGCCAGCGGCAGCCGCGAAGGCGCCCUCAGUGUCCUUUGGUGUAGCCGAGACCUAUUGGUGGCGACAGCAUAGUGGUAGUGUUAAGGCUUCCCCCAAUCCAUCUUCGGAAGCCUCCUACAGAGACUUUCCAAGGGGAAGAGACACCUAGGACGCAUCUCGAGAGGGCUAACAGUGACAGCGCUAAUACUGACAGUUCCUGUGCUAUGACACCCAAGAGCAGCGGUAGACUUGAUGUAGAGCAAGUAGAACAUAAAAACACUCUUGAAGAAAAGGAUGAGAUGUUGGAACAACGCGAGAGUGGGCAUGCACGACAAGCGCAAGAGGAUGGAGACAACAGUAGUGGUAUUAAGGCUACCGCUCCUGAAGCAUAUCGAGUGUCAUCUUCUUAGUGUCAUCUUCUUAGUGUCAUAUCCUUAGUGUCAUAUCCUUAGUGUCAUAUCCUUAGUGUCAUAUCCUUAGUGUCAUAUCCUUAGUGUCAUAUCCUUAGUGUCCUCAUAUCCUUGGCCUCUUUUUCGAGGGGGAAAAAGAAGUAUCCUCCAAGGAUCACAUGACUUUCAAAGAGGAAGAUGCGACGCGGUAGCUCUAAUAGUAGAGGAGGAGAUACUACAGGACCUACAGGGCCUUCAGGUUUCUCCGCGUUACGAAAUAAGUGGCGCGCAUUGAGUUCCGAUAGAAGCUCUACGUGUUCGACAGACUGCUCGUCGGAAAACUUAGGAUUAAGGCUACAGUAAAUCUUAGGCCGACUGCCGAAUAGAUUCACAGCCUCAAGGCUACAGUAAAUGCAUCUUGGUCCUCCCCUUUUUCAACAUCUUGGUCCUCCCGUUUUUCAACAGGGAAUAUACGUGAACUACCAGGAUGUAUGUUGGCCAAGAUGUGGCAUUUAUGUAAGUUCUAAUAGGAGCCGCAUUAGAUCAUGAGCAGACUAGACGACCGUCUGGUCUAGGACGAAGCUGGAGCGGCGGCUUGGGCAGUGGUGUGGCAACUAAGAUCAAAGAAGAUACAUCGUGGUUAGACCCGGAAGCUACAAGUUCAUCGCAGAGCUCACCCUCGGCCGAUGAUGAUACUGGUGUUGCUGUUUAUGGCCUGUUCUUUUGGAUAGUAAGUACCUAAUUGUAGUCUCACUAUAUUUCAUCCUUGUAAGUAGUCUAAUUGUAAUCGAAAUUUCUACCUUGUAGUGUCGCUAUGCUUCUUGAUAUUCUAAGGUCUACUUACAUGCCUGCCUAGAUGAAUGUUGUAGUGGUUUCUCGUGAUUUCUUUGGUUAAGUCAUGGAGUCAAAUCUCUCUGCUUCAGCUGGGCAUGCCGUCAUGAACUUGUAGUUGCAUUUCUUUCCACUAGGAGUCGCAAGUGAUGAAUCAAAACGACCGCAUAAGAAGGCAGGAAACAAAACGACACAAGACUGCUCCAGACUUCAACAGAGAGGCUAGAGGCGCGCAUGGUCCUGCGAUGCUCUUCACCAAAGGCACAAAGCGACCACCUCUUCUAACAUUCCCCCACCAGUACUGGUACUCAGCAACAGCGUGUGAUGAGGGACUUUCUGCAAAUCGCGGCUGAUCUAGUUAAGGCUCAGUACAAUUCAUUUCUACGAAGCAUUUCUCCCAAGUACGUCUACGAACCAUUUCAUAGUCUGCGAACCCAAGUUUGGGAGAAAUGCUAAAAGUGCAGGCAAGAAGUGAAUGGCGUUGCGCUCUAAUCUAAAUGGCGAUGGCGAUGGCUGUAAGCCCACCUCGGGCCAACAGGGCUCUUCCGGCAAAGGAUGCUUCCUUGGCCCGCACAAAAUCUGGAGACAGAAUUUGCGCAAGACUUUCCCGCGAGGCGCCACUAGUAGUAGUGAAGACAUUAAGGCAGCUUCUCCUAAUUCAUUCGUCUUGAUGAAUUAGGAGAAGCUGCCUUAAUGUCUUCGCUACUAUUAAAGCUCAGCUUUCAAUGGUCAUUGGGGUUGGUCACUGGCGACCCCUUGAGGAAAGAUGGGGGGAAAAGGAAGGGAAAGGGGAGAGCUUUGAAGGGAGUCUCUUCCGUUCAGCAUCAGUGACCAUUGAAUGCUGAGCUUUAAUAGUAGUGAAGACAUCAAGGCAGCUUCUCCUGAUUCAUCUUCGGAAGCAUCUCGGGGGCCCUUGAAAGGGGAGAACGGUCAGUCUCGGAAUGCUUUUCAAGAUGGAUUAGGGUGGGCUCUAAGGAAAGCUUCACCGAGGAUGACCCACCGCUUUUCGGCCAAGAGGAGUGGCGCAGGAAAAAGAGACUCAAGGAACUAAGAAAGAAUGCUGGACUUGAGGGAAGUCAAGUAGUCGUGGGUGGAGAAGGAUUUUAAUAGCGGAGGCGACUCCAGUAGUCCUUAUCUAUCUCUCUGUUUAGUCUGCUUUUAAGCUGUUGGACGUAGUAUGAGUUAUCACGGCUGUUCUAGAGUAGUUGAUAGCUUUAGCUUUCUGUAGUUCACUUGAGUUUCCUGCUCCUUUUCAGUCUUUCUAUACCUUUCUGUUUGUGUCUGUGAAAUGUUUGCUUUCUCUGCGCCCACCGCUGCUGGUGCGUCGAACUAAUCGAAAAAUUUGUAAUUGUAAAGGGGCAUAAGGAGUGAACAAGUAGGUGGCCUUGUUAAGGAGUGUCUGGGGAAGUGACUCCAGUAGGCUAUUAAUAGCGGAGGCGACUCCAGUAGUCCUUAAGGGGCAUGAUAAGGAGAAGGAUUUUGAUAGAGGUGAGACUAUAUGAGGGCUCGACUUCAUACAAUCUUGCACUGAGGAGUGAAGAUAGAGCAGUCGCUAACAGAAGCUACACUUUCAGAUAACAGGAUACGUUCUACGGUGAUCCUCGGAAGUUCUUUCCUUGAUUAUUUGAUUCAAAAAUGUCCGUGAAUCUUCAAAUGAUUUCGAUAUGUAUUUUUACUACACCAAACUACAUAGCAAUAUCUUAUAGAAAAUACGACCGUCAAUACAAUCGAUUCAGUAUUGAAUUAAGUUUCGCAAAAAAAGGUCCUCAAGCUGGCAUGCAAUUUUUGAGAAUAUAGUUUUGUUAAUCUUGGUGUAGUCGCACUGGAUUCACGAGCAUGAUAAGAUGUAGUUGCAGUGAUGUAGCAACAAAGCUCUGGAGGUCGUGUCUUGAUCUAUUGGACUUAUUUCGUUCGAUGAGAUAUGAAUGUUACUUCUUGUGGUUUGUAAGUAUAAUGUUAUGACAAGAAAAGUGCACUCAUCCUCCGGAAGUUAGCUAGUUUUCCGGUUAAGUUCUAGCUAAUUCCUUGAGUAGGUGUACACUUUUUCCUUUCAUAAAUGUUGUUCUGAAAUUAUAGAUUUCUGAUGAAUCAUGGCUCAUGUGGGUGGGCUGAGCUCGUCAUCUCGUCACCAUACAGGACACAAUUAUAUCUAUCUCAGCCAUCCCGGAGUCUCCGCCUGAACACAAUUAGAUCUAUCUCAGUCUGUGUCACUGGCUUACUUAUUGUAGUAGAAGUAAAAGCGUAUAGAGUUAGAUUGUCAGACUACGUCUAUCAAGAGAAGUUUCUACGUCGUGUAAGUGGUUCUUAUGGUUUCGUCAAUUGAUUGAGGUUCAAGAAUUUUCUUAGCAACACUAAGACUACAGAGAUCCAGACGAGAACGUCUGUCUCUACAACAAUGAUUCAAAUCAGAAACAUCGAUUGAUUCUGCAUGACCAAAAACUCCUAUGAGAUCGAGAUUGGAUAUUUUAUCAACUAUGAAGAUACGUCGCGGCCUCCCUGAUAGAGGUCUAAGUAUGAUGAGAUUUGUGUGCUGAUACGUAGUCAGUGUGUGCUUUUCCCAUCCUUUCUCCUGUGACAAGGUUGCAUCGUGGAAGGGUGUUUUAUCUUAGAAUCAUCAUGGAAACUCAUAGAUACAAGAAGGAACCAAUUGCAUCAUCACAUUAGCCUCUUUGUUUUUCUCACUAUACACAGAAGACGCGAUCUCGCCAUCACGUUGUUUCCCUGUGGGUCUGAAAAUCUUACAACCCUUAGUACAUCUUGACCAUCUAGGAGAAGUACGUUUUCACUUCAUCUGCUCAUACACGAUGGAGUUUCUGUACCUACUUUCUUAUUGUUCUAUUGUAAAUUGAGCAUCUACUUUGACUUUCUAGUAUGAAUGAAGACAAUAUCAUGUCGUUGACCGUCGACCCAUGAGGCACAUUCACAUAGCUCAAAAAAAAACAUAGCUUAGUAUAGACGUAUCUUGAGGUGAGGGAGCAUUCACAUAGCUCAAAACAUAGCGUAUUGGUAUGUAUUAUGCGUAUCGUAUCUAAACAAGGUAGGUUUUGUGAUCACAAUUCAAAUAAGUGAUAAAAUGAUAGAUUAUCAUUGUUUGUGCUAACUGCAAAACAUGAAACCCUGCAUCUGAGUUGUAGUUGUCCUUCUAUUGUAAACGGUUGUUUGUGUGUUUUUCUAACAAGCGUUAGAACUACAACACAUAGAUAGUAGGUCAGAAGAACUACGGCAAGAACUAGAAAGUGCAGGCAUAUUAAGAUUGAAAAGCAACUGAAACCGCC